UUUCUUCUUUUUCGUCAUCUUCCUCCUCUCACUUACUCCCUCUUUCUUCACUGCUCCCAACUCUCCUCAUCUUCUUCUUCUUCUUCUUCUGCUGCUGCUGCUUUUGCUGCUGUGUAUUCUUCUGUUUCCGUCCCCAUCGACCAACUUAAGUCAACCCUUCAUACAAACGAAGAAGAAGAAUAGAAGAAGGAAAGACAUAAUUUCCAUGCAGUCGACUACCUCUAUCAUGAGCUGCAGAAGAGCAUUGUGGACGACUAAGCUGGUGGCUGCGAAGUCCGGUAAGAGGAGGCGGUGGCAGAAGAGGGCAGCGGCGUACCGGUUGGUCCAAAUGAAGGUGAGGAAGCUGCAGAGGCUGAUCCCUGGCGGCAGACGGCUGCAGCCCGACCGGAUCUUCUCGAGGACAGCAGACUACAUCUUGCAGUUGAGGUGGCAAGUUAAUGUCUUACAAGCUCUUUCCGAGAUUUACCGCCCAUGAAUUUUUAUUUAAUAUUUAUUCGAUGCAACAUAAUAGAUUGGUCUUUCUAUAUAUAUAUAUAUAUAUAUAAUCUAGUUGUAUCUAUCUAUACACUUAUAGUGUGUGCCGCCAUUGUUGGUUAUAUAUGUACUUGUAUUUGUGAUGAUGAUCAGAAACGGAUUCAGUUCAAUAUAUAAUUUGCUUCGAAAAA